AUGAGCUCCCCGGAUGAGGGGUCCGAUUGGGGAGCGGCUGUCGGCCCAGAGGGCGGGAAGCGGGGCGGCGUCCGCCGGGCCGGCCCUGGAGGCCCGCGGGCUGCCGGCCCAGGCCUUGAUCUGGGGGCGCCGCGCAGCAGCGAGGCCGAGGGCGGGCUUCCAGGCCCCGCGGACGUCGAGGCCGAGAGGGAAGCGACGGGGGCGGGAGGCUCGCUGACCGAGGAGAUGGAGGAUGCUGCGGACUGCACGGCCCGCUUGGAAGAGGCUGAAAGUUUCGCGGCCCUCAUGCGGCAUUUAACCAACCAGGAUGCCCUGCGGCUCCGGAGAAACCCAACCCCAGAAAGCUGCACCUCUGAGACGGAAGACCUGGCCGGGUCGUCCUCAGACUCCGAGUCAUCUGAUGAGUUCACUGAGGUGCAGGUGACGAGGGUGAGCAUUCAACCCAAAGCGACAGGCCAAGCAGAGUCCUGCAGCCUCAAGGAUCGCGGAGACGCACCCAGACACUGGAAUCCCCACGUCAGGGAGAACUUCCUUCCUGAGCCAGGCUCCUUCCCCGCCCUCACUCCACGGGGGUUCCUUUCAACCACAGAAAUGCAGCCUGAUGUCUCUUCAUUCAGGAAAAUGCAAAGUGUGGUCUGGGGCAGGCCCAGCUCCCCAGGCGGUACUGCUGCUGCUGGGGGCCUGCCCCAGGCCACUCCUAGAAGGAAAGUGGCCCAGGAAAAGAAACCCCUAGGCGGUUUUUCAAAAUCUGUCCUGGGGAGAAAGCCCCCGGCCUUGCCUUCAUGGGGGCAGAGAGUCUCCAGAGCCCGCCCUGAGACAUCCACCUUCCCCCCAAUCCGUGGCAUUCCACUGCUUGGGAGAUCCAAGAGGAACUCCUCGGUCCCUCUGGGACCCAGGCAGCCCAAACACACCAAUGCUGGGAAGAAAGCUGUGGCGAGCGGGUCAAGGGAGUUGUAUCCGGUGACAAAAGAUAAUGACCCCAAAAGAGAUCAAGUCCCAAAGGGCCAGCUUCCAACAAGCAGGCCAGGGCCAUCUUGCCUCUCUGUGCAUCGUGCCGAUGGCAGCAGUGGAGAACCCAACAUCAGGGUUCCGCAGGUUCCAGGAAACUCACAGCUCUUGGCCGUGAACCAGGGAGCCGCUCUUUGGGAUUCUCUUUCAGGUGACCAGGGGCCACCUGGCAAUCCCCCAAGAGAGGAGAGUCAGCAGCAGCGGCAGCAACAACCACCACCUGGACAACAGGGCUGCCCUCGGUGUGUCGUUCUACAGAAAGAGGUGGAUGACCUUAAAGAUGAAAUCGGUAUGACCAGCCUCUGACUGGGCAGGGCCCCAGGGUAUCUGAGUCUCAUCUGAUUACAUGUACACUUUGCCAUCAAGUCCCAGAGAUCUCCUUGUAGGCCAAUUAGAGAGGCCUCAUUUAUUUCUUCUUUAACUGCCCCUAGGUAGGGUAAUGUACGUUUUGUCUGCUUGUUGGUUGGAUUGUGUUUUAAUGCUUCUGAUACACACCAGAGUUUGAGAACUUCUGGUUCCUUGGGUUCCCAAUUAGAAAACAUUUCCACAUUGGAUUCAGGUGCUGAGUGGGUGAGUCAGUCCCAGGGCUGGUAAUGGUCAAGUUUGAAUAGGGGCUGAAGGGGGUUUCAGGUUGCAGGGUUAGGCCGUUCCCCGACAGGGACAAAGGGACGAGUUUCCAUAUCCUGAAGUCCGCAGUAUCUGGUUAUGCCUUUCUCCUUUUCAGCGGCCCUGCGCAGCCUCUCUGACAAGUUCCAGACUCUUUCAAGUGAGUGUUAACACAUACCAUACCCCUUCUCACAGUCUUGCCUGUUCAGGAGGGCUGUGGGCUGGCCCUAGCUUUGUGGCUCUUCCCUGACUCUGCUCUGUUUGGCAGGUUGAACUCAGCAUCCUGGUACAAGAGAAGCAGCUGGUGCUGGUGUUUUUUUGAGCCCAAUAGCAGCGGCCCGGCUGGUUCCCUCCUGUUUUCCUACCCCUCCUGGGGCU